AUGAGCGCAGACGCCCAUCACGCCGUGCGGCGUCUCUAUGUCCAGUUGCUGCACGCGCAGCACGGCGCGCAUGACGUCAUGGAAGAGGAAGAGCCUGGUCCGCUCCCGUCAGGCUCCACCAGCGUCCCCACUAACCGUAGCCCGCUCUCAACCACCACCUUCCUGGAGCGUAACGGUACACCAGAGAAAACAGCGCCGGCUCCGAGUCCAAGCUCCCCGGCUGCUGUGGCCGUUGCUUCAUACGCGCCUCCCGCACCCUCCCGACAUCAACCAGGGCCAGCAGCCUCGCCAGCGGCAACGGCGCGCUUCGCAUCGAGAGUCGCCUCGGGGUUCUCAAAUGCGCGGUCAUCACACCUUGGGUGGCUGAAGGGAUGGUGGCGGCGGCGGUGUCACCGGUACUCGAAAUCGCCUUCCACAGCUGUCGGCAGUGCGGCGUUAGGGGGCGAGGAGGUGACAUCCACUGUGGAGGUUCGACAAUGGACGAUGCGUCUAGGGCGCACACUGCGCCAGCGAAGCUUCCAGGUGGAGGAGCAACUGCGGGAGAUGCUGGCAGAGCACUUGCGGCAGUGCUUAAAGGCAGGCGCGAUAUCGGCACUCACAGCACCAUCGGAGCAAGGCACACCGGCGAGAUUCAGUGCGCCUUUGCUGCCUUCGUUCCUGCGCGUCCUGUCCACCGGCUAUGCCGUAACCAUCUCAGUGCAAAACGCCAGCGGGACUGAGGACGGAGUGCGCGCCCAGGAAGCGCACGAUGCCGGUCAGAAUCCGUUUUUCAGUGGCCUGGGAAAAGAGGCGUCCAGCAAGGAUGACACCAGCCGCGAUGCGGACAAUCCACGGCAGCGCGGGGAUGCGCAUGAGGAGAGUGCAAGGGAGGCAGACCCCAAAUCGCCGGACAUCCAGGCAGCGCCUCCGCGACCACCCGCCUCGAAGCUAGUGGCAACCACUGCGUCAGCAGCUGCGACUUCAGCACCCAAGGCUGCACCGUCAAGGAAGCCAUCCUUUCAGGCACAGCUAAAGGCGUGUCAGGCAGACCUUUCUCAGGGCUGGCAGUCCGCCGGUAUGCCGAGCAAUCCACUCGUGCCAGUGCGCACGGCUGCUCUGUGCAGCCGACUGAAUGCGCACCAAACGGAUGCGGCUGGUGCUACGGCCAACACUGAUGCUCUCGCCAAUGUCUCAUCCACCACGUACCUCACCCAAGAACAAGAGAAUAGCGACACGCCUGCCGCAGCACGGCCACCAGCGUGCACGCUGUGGGAGUACCUGCCCAUCUCCUCGUCCUUGCACAUCAGCAUGAGCCCGGCAAUCGAAAAGGACGGAAAACCUGUGACGGCGCCCGCUGCCUUUCAAUCGACAACUUCGCAGUCGCCCAUGGACAAGCUCAGGGUGGCGUUGUGUCGAAGUGCGCGCAAGCCUGCGCUUGGGAUACCACAAGCGCGAAGCAAUGCCGCAGAGGCGGACAAGCGAGCGGCUGCUCCGAAGACUGCAGCGCAUGAUCCUAUCGCACUGACGACCGACGGCCACUGGCACAGACUCCAAGCGCAAAUGCGGGCAGCGCAAGAUGUCUCCCGGAUUCUGCUGGAGGAUGCGGCCUCAUAUUAUCAAGACGGCCGGCUAAAGAACGGCGGCACCACAACGCCAGCCGCUGCGGUGUCACCCUCCAGGCAACCGCCGCCACUGAGCGCUUACGCACCAUUUUCGCACGCUCUGUUGCCUGGAGCCUCCGAGGCGGAGGACUCGGCGACAGUGGUGGUUAUGGUGUGCUACACCGCAGCCCCACACGAUCUGGAUGCUGUGAGCUGGAGCACGGGUGCGUGUACUGGAGACACGCCGGCCGAAACUUCGCCCUCAGUGUCACUGCAGCCGACGUGGGUGCUGUGCUUCGAGGUGGACGCCUUGCACGAGGCGUGGCUGCGGCGGACGCUACUGGAAGUGGCGUCAAGAGAGGCGACGUCAUCACCUGAAUCAGUCGCUGCAGCCAGUACUUCUCCCCUUCUGACACCAACGCACGACAGGCUUGACACGACUGUGUCAUUGACAGCGCUAAGGGCCAAUGUGCUGGCGUCUCUGCAGUCGAUGUACGCCUGCAACUGA